AUGUCGGCCACAGCCAGUAAUUCCAGCAAGAUGAUGACAUCGCCCGGCGAUAUGUUUAACCUGGAGAAUCCUGUCUUUUGCUGCUAUCUUUUUUGGGCCACCGUACUGGUGGUGAAAAUGCUGCUAAUGUCGUUGCUAACGGCGGUGCAGCGUUUCCGGUAUAAGUUGCUGGCAUUCGUGCCGCUGGCACUUCGGCGCAAGAUCUUUCCCAACCAGGAGGAUCUGUUCUUUAAGAACCUUGAAGUGCAAUUUGAUGAUCCGCAUGUGGAGCGAGUAAGAAGAGCCCAUCGCAAUGACAUGGAGAACAUUUUACCGUACUUCAUUAUGUCCUUGAUUUAUAUUAGUACGAAUCCCAAUCCCGCUGUGGCCUGCAACCUGUUUCGAGUAGCCUCAUUGGCUAGAAUCAUUCACACUCUGGUCUAUGCUGUUUAUCCUGUGCCGCAGCCUUCAAGAAUUCUGGCAUUCGCUACCAUGCUUCUGAUCACCUUCUACAUGGCCGCUGUAGUCGCCCUACGCACCCUUACUUAUGUCUAAAUAAAUACUAAUCCCUAUUGGCUUAACCCAUAAA